CUAUGAAAGUAAUAUUAAUAACGCUAUUUCUAAAUUAUGAAUUGUUCGUCUGUAAAGUUGUCCAUAAGAAAAUCUUAAACCACACAAUCCUGACAAGAAACCUACACAAAUCACUAAAGGAAAUCGACACCCUCCUCCGUGGAGUACAGAAAGAGAUAAGGAAAGAGAGGAAGAUCCUCAGAUCACAAAUCGAUUAUGAAAACGCUCCGAUCCCAGAAGACAGUAAUUUUCUAAGUUAUGACGUCACAGAUAUGUUUUGGGGCGAGACCGGAGUAGAAGGCGUAACACAUGAGGAUGUGACAUCUACUUUUUUGCCAACAAUAUCGACAACACCCCGUACUACCGAAGAAGAAUAUAUAGAAGAAGAGAUGACUGAACUGACGCCACCGACCACAGUGCCGCCCUACACCUUUAACACUAACUACCCUGGAUACCCCUACGAACCUCCUCCUUUUAACCCCAUACUCUAUCCUGAUACUACGGAACCCCCAACCACCCGAAACCAGACUUUCGAUAUAGCAAUAACGCCGCCAAACUUCGGCAUUAUGACAAAAGACGAGGCAGAAGAAGCACCGCCCUCCACCAUCAGCUCCGACUACCCUGGAUACCCGGUGCAGACACGAAACGACUCAUUUGAUUUGGUUGUAACACCACCAACAUUUGGCAAAUUGACACGAAGUUUAAUAGACGAUUUCAAUAAGUAUUUAGGGUUCAUCAGCCAAAGUAAUAAGCCACCAGGUCUUAACACAAUUAUACCUAUGGCUUCAAG